CACUUAUUGGCUAACGCGUCACUGGAGAACAAAAAGGCUAUUGUGAGACCCCUUUUACCUGAGAGUUUCUACACUGGAUUCAGAUCAGAAGGUACUUUUGGUUUUGCACAUUUCUUCUGCAGGUUUCAGUAUCCCUGUGAAGCCUACUGGCUUUGAAACAGGUCUCGGCUGUCCCCUGGUUCCUUCAAACGGACUUUUAGGUGGAAGAUUCACGACUUGUUUUGCGGACCAAUUCCUCGUGAUCCCUUGUGGGAUCUUCCACCGUCCUUGUUCAGAUCAUGGCGAUGGGCUUCUCCCCAGAGCAGGUGGCCUGUGUUUGUGAGGUUCUUCUCCAGAGUGGAAGCAUGGAUCGCUUGUCCUCGUUCUUAUGCUCUUUACCUUCCAUUUCCUCGUCGUCCGGUGUGUAUCUGGGAAUGGUUCAGAGCCAAGAGAGCGUGCUAAAAGCUCGGGCUGCGGUCGCCUUCCAUCACUGUCGUUUUGCUGAGCUCUACACCUUGUUAGAGGGGAACGCGUUCUCCCCCCGCAGUCACCCUCUCCUCCAGCAGCUCUGGCUCCGGGCUCACUACACGGAGGCUGAAUUGCAGAGGGGCCGUCCUCUCGGGGCCGUGGGAAAGUACCGCAUCCGCCGCAAGUUCCCUCUUCCUCGUACCAUCUGGGAUGGAGAAGAGACCAGCUACUGCUUCAAGGAAAAGUCUCGCAGUGUACUGAGAGAGUGGUACUGCAGAAAGCCGUACCCCUCGCCACGUGAGAAACGAGAUUUGGCCGCGGCCACUGGACUCACUGCCACACAAGUCAGCAACUGGUUCAAGAACCGACGACAGCGGGACAGAGCCGCGACCAGCCGUCAGGGCAGAACCUCCGCAGGAGCGUUCCUGAGCUCUGAUGAGGAGCUCUCGCCGCCAGCGAGUCCCGGCACACUCUUCUCCUGCUCCCAGCAGCUCUCUGCCCACCCGCCCCCUCUCCGGCACCUGGGACCACCACACUACUGAAAUCAAUGCAAUGCAAUACAGGCCAAAAAAAACUGUGUUUUGCAAUUUAGAGGUGCUGUGUUUUUUUUGUAUGCGAUAUACCUGACAAGACAACGUUAUUGAACUAAGGGUUUUUGCGAGUCACAGUGUGAGCUCUAGACUCUGCAAGCAGCUUAAAAGAGAGUCAGGGGAAUAAGUCUACACUUCUUUUUAGGCUUUUAUGCAGUUGUGUUUUCAAGGUUGGUUGACAGUCUUGCGUAGGUUAGCAAGUCUUGAGCUCUGUUAAACACAAAACAGAGCAUCAGUACAGCUGGCCUCAAAUGCCAUUUUGCCCCUAUUUUUACAUUUUCUUUUAAAUUAAAGUUCGUAGUACACGCUCGUGUGUGCUCAAGUGCAUAAUGUAUUUCAGGAAAGCAAGUCACUGUGUACUAUUUCACUUGUGGAUCAAGCAAAAGUUUGAUUUGAAAAUGCUAAAGUAGCUAAAGCUAUUUUUUUUUACAAUGGCUCAUAACGCUGCAUCUUCUUCCUUUGCCAUAACUCGAUCGCAUCCUCUUUAUUCACCCGUUUUCUAUGUGCAGUGUUAUUGAUCUUAUUGUGAAUAAUUCAUCCAUGCAUGUUUUUUAAACUGACCUUAUUUUUAAUCGAAUUGUUAUAAAUCCUCUGUUGAUGUAUGCCAAACCCUUCCAAUCAUUUUGUCUUUCAGUAAUUCGUUAAUCAUCACAAUACAGAAGAAAAGAUGUCACUACUUUCUAGACUU